GCAGAGAAUCAUAACUUCGUUUCCUCAUAGAGCUCCUCCUCUCUUCUUCUCUUCGAUUCGACGAACUCGUGGCCCUCUCCCUGGCCAAAAGAUUAAACAUCUCUCUCUCUCUGAGUACGUUAUCGGCGAUUUCAACACCAUGGCACCUGUGAGGGGGAUCCUUGCUUUGCAGAGAGCAGCGUCAACCUGGAAGCAAAGUAACAGAUUCUGUCCAGUGGUGAGGUCAUUCAGUGCCCAAGCUGCAACCACUUCCAACACUCCGCAGCCGCCUCCACCUCCUCCACCUCCGGAAAAGACUCAUUUCGGUGGUCUCAAGGACGAAGACAGGAUCUUUACCAAUCUCUAUGGUCUGCAUGACCCCUUUCUCAAAGGGGCUAUGAAGAGAGGUGAUUGGUACAGAACCAAAGAUUUGGUGCUCAAGGGUUCUGAUUGGAUUGUCAAUGAAAUGAAAAAGUCCGGUCUUCGUGGGCGUGGUGGUGCUGGUUUCCCUUCUGGACUUAAGUGGUCAUUUAUGCCCAAAGUAUCCGAUGGUCGCCCAUCAUAUCUGGUUGUGAAUGCUGAUGAGAGCGAACCUGGAACUUGUAAAGAUAGGGAAAUCAUGCGGCACGAUCCACACAAAUUAUUGGAAGGGUGUUUGAUUGCUGGUGUGGGCAUGAGAGCUAGAGCUGCAUACAUUUACAUUAGAGGUGAAUACGUGAAUGAACGUAAAAAUCUGGAGAAGGCCAGAAAAGAGGCAUAUGAAUCUGGUCUCUUAGGGAAGAAUGCGUGUGGAUCUGGUUAUGACUUUGAUGUUUAUAUUCACUUUGGUGCUGGGGCAUACAUUUGUGGUGAGGAGACCGCACUUAUAGAAAGCCUUGAAGGGAAGCAAGGAAAACCCAGGUUGAAGCCACCAUUCCCUGCCAACGCUGGUUUAUACGGUUGUCCUACCACUGUUACCAACGUGGAAACAGUGGCUGUUUCACCCACCAUUUUAAGGCGUGGACCAGAGUGGUUUGCAAGUUUUGGUAGGAAGAAUAACUCUGGAACGAAGUUGUUUUGUAUAUCAGGCCAUGUGAACAAACCUUGCACGGUUGAAGAGGAGAUGAGCAUACCUCUCAAGGAACUGAUUGAGAGGCACUGUGGAGGUGUUAGAGGUGGAUGGGACAAUCUACUUGCUGUCAUUCCCGGGGGUUCAUCGGUCCCUCUCAUCCCUAAGAACGUAUGUGAGGAUGUGCUGAUGGAUUUCGAUGCGCUCAAGGCUGUCCAAUCGGGUUUAGGAACAGCAGCUGUCAUUGUGAUGGAUAAGUCCACCGACGUUGUGGAUGCCAUUGCAAGGCUCUCUUACUUUUACAAGCAUGAAAGCUGUGGGCAGUGCACUCCUUGCAGAGAGGGCACUGGUUGGCUUUGGAUGAUCAUGGAGAGAAUGAAGGUUGGAAAUGCAAAGCUUGAAGAGAUCGAUAUGCUCCAUGAGGUGACCAAACAGAUAGAAGGACACACAAUCUGUGCGUUGGGUGAUGCGGCUGCAUGGCCCGUCCAGGGUCUGAUACGGCAUUUCAGGCCAGAGCUCGAGAGAAGGAUCAGGGAGCGUGCUGAAAGGGAGUUGCUGCAGGCUGCUGCUUAAGCUCUUGUACUCAGGGGAUAAUGUUGAAAUAAAAGUCCGAAAGCAAACGCUAGGUUUUUGGAGAAGAAGGAAAAGGACAUUUGUUAUCUUUCUUCCAAGUUUGUAACAGAGCUCUCAGAGAGGUGCUCUCACUCUUUUGCAUUGUUGUCGGUUUAUGUUCAUCAUUGAUAAUAUGUUGGCUUUUGACACAUUCCCAAACACCAAACCUGUUGGCUUGGCCCCCCAUUUCGUGUUUAGAAUAAUUAUAAAUAAAAAAAAAAAAAGAUGAUGGUUUGUGUCA